AUGACGCGGUCUGGGGAAGAAGCUGAGUCUCUGAUGGGCAAAAACUUUGAGUUGGGCGAAAUGUCACGGGACGAACCUGCGAUCAUGGAUUCCUCCAAGCUCAAAGUCAACAAACAUGUUCAGUUUAUCAAGACAGGUUUCUUGGUUGCAGCUUUUGUUGUAGCAGGAUACUGCAUGUUGACCAUGCUUUAUCAAAAACUGACAGGAGGAGAUGAUCACAAAUGUGGAAAUUCACAUCCUAAAGUACCGCAGUACUUCGACCCAAACCCAGAACUCUGGCCUGGCCCUACGGCAACGGGCCGAGCCCCUUUUCUUGCUCAAGAGAGUGUGGUUCCAAGUCUGGGACCGGCUCCAAACAAAAGCAUUGAGAGACUUUGGGGACAUCUCUCGCCAUAUUCUCCAAACUACGAGGGAUGGGGAAUCGAGGAAUACCCGUUGCCAGACGGCGCAGAAAUAACCCAAGUUCAUACGUUACAUCGACAUGGAUCGAGAUAUCCAACAGUCGGGGUUAAUGUCCAAGGAUUCGGGGCAAAAAUGGCAAUUUUGAAAGGCAAAUUUACUGCUGUUGGCGCCCUUUCUUUUCUCAAUGAUUGGACUUAUGGGCUAGGCGCCGAGAUUAUGGUUCCAUCAGGGCGUCUGCAGUUAUUCGAAAGUGGUGUGCAUCGUUACUAUCAAUACGGUCAUCUCUACGUCCCGGGAACCAAAAUCAUUGUCCGCUCAACUACCCAAAAGCGGAUGCGUGAAAGCGUAUGGAACUUUCUUUCGGGAUUCUUUGGCCUAGAUUGGCAAGAUAAGGCGACUGUUGGUUACGGAAUCGAAGGAUUCAGUACUACCGAUCGCUGGAAUAACUCGUUAGCAGGCUAUGAUAACUGCCCCAACUCAAAUACCUUCCGCAAUCAAGGAGGCACAAAUGCUACCAACGAAUGGGUAGAGAUCUAUUUACAAAAUGCAACUACCAGGUUUAAUAGAUUGAUGAGCGGGCUGGAGUUCUCGGUGCAGGAUGUCUACGCCAUGCAGACCAUGUGCCCAUAUGAAUUCGCCGCGUAUGCCUAUAGUCCGUUCUGCCAACUGUUCACCUACGAAGAAUGGGAGGGAUUCGAAUACAGCAUUGAUCUCUACUUCUCAGGUGGCUCAGCCUACCAAUCUCCAACAGGAAGAGCAGUAGGUCUAGCAUGGCACCAAGAAUUCCUCGCUCGCUUAGAACACCACACGCUCUCCUUUUCCCACUCGCAAAUCAACACAACAUUAGACAGCACCACCACCACCUUCCCCACAAACCAAAGUCUCUACUUCGAUUUCUCACACGACACGAAUAUCAUGUCGAUACUCACAUCUCUCGGCUUCACACAAUUCUCCGAACCUCUCUCCGCCACGAAACAAGCAGGCGCACAUAACCUCACAGUCUCGCAUGUCACGCCCUUCGGCGCACGUCUUGACAUUGAGGUCUUGAAGACUCCGCAUCCUGUUUCUGAAGGUCGUGAUGUCGAAGCGGAAGGGGCCGAGACUAAGUAUAUCCGGUUUAAACUUAACGAGCGGACGCUUCCGCACCCGAGAUGUCCGCUGAGAAGCGAUGGGUUGUGUGAGAUGGAGACUUUAGUCAAGAUUCUAAGGGAGGAAGAGGGGAAAGCCAUGUUUGAUCUUGCUUGUUUUGGAGAGUAUGAUGCUGUUCCACAUGGGGAGUUGAGGGAUGGACAUCCUGAGGCGUAG